CCGGAACAGACCGGCCGCAUGUCGUAAUGGCUCACAUUUUGCAGACAGUAUUAUUUCUCUCCUUUCUGUUCAUCGCAACCUCAGAUGACUACACCCUACACGCCCGGCUUAAAACAGUGACACUAACCCACGAAACUGGCCCUGGGCGCUGGGACGGAAGUAGAGAAACAGACUUUUACUUCACCCUGGUGGGCACUAAAGCUGAAUCAGAAGAACAGCUCUGUCAUGCUAACCGAGACCGGGGCUCUGCUGGCACCUGCACGUUUGAGUUCGACGCUAAACUGGGGAAGUUGCUGAGAGUAAAGAUAAGAAAUGCGGGAGAUAACCUCUGGGCGGUGGUUAGCAUUGAUGUUGAUAUUAACGGGAGGAAAAGGGGAACUUGGGAUGGGUUCAGGAAAGUGAUGAAGUUUAAGACAGUUUCCAUACUUGUGGAGUCGAUUGAGAACGAAGAGUUUGGUGAGCUUGUGUUUGGACCAGCGCAAGAUUCCCCAGUUUCGUGUGUGGCGGGAAAUUACGCGUUGAACGGGGAGUGCGUGGAGUGCGGAGAAAACACCUACAGUUGGGAGGGGUCUUACGCUUGUACUGAGUGUCCGGAGGGAAUGUUCUCCGCUGCUGGCUCUACUGAUGAGAGUGAUUGUGAAUAUGAACUAUGCUCAGCCGGCUAUUACUGGACCUUGGCUGGAUGCCAGCGAUGUUGGAAGAACACUUACAGUGAGGAUGGAGCCUUCCUUUGUACUGAUUGUCCUGAUGGAUCGUUUUCAAAGCCUGGCUCUACUUCUCUAGCUAACUGUAGAUAUGAAGUUAUAACUACAUGUGACUGCUGGACCCCGGAAUGCGGCUACUGUGCCAACCCAAACUGUACCAUCAAACAAGACCUUCAAAACUCUGAUCACGGCAUCGAGAUUUUAGUCCACUCCAUCGUUAAAUGGAGGAGAUACAGCUCAAUUGUGUUGUACGACGAACAUGGACGAGGGAUUGGGAAGUUCCAGUGGAACAUUGGCAGAUUGUUUCUGACUGGCUGUGUUCAGUGUCGUACCCCUCCAGCCUUGAGGAAGGCAAUCGUUAGAAAGGGGGAGACAUCAUGGGGGCUGUUCAUGAAGGAUGGUGUAAUUGAGGUUAGCAUUAAUGGAGUGACUCUUUACAAGCAGGAACUUGUUGGUGAGUGUAAGGAAGUUUACGGGAAGGUGAAGAGGUUUGCUUUCUAUGAUAUGGGGUGUUCUAACAAGUUUUCUUAUGUUCCUGGUGAGAUGGAGUUGGGGGACAAACUGACCAGCACAUGUUCCGGGAGGUGUAACCAACAAGGGUGAUACUUCCACUUUUUAUGUAGGACUUCUUUAUAAUGAACUUUACCAUUAAAAUGUUACCAUUAAAAAUGUGUUUUUUUAUGAUUUAUUCUUUGGGAAUAAUCGUUAAUUUUAAAACUGUAUCAUAUUUCAGUUUCAGGAUUUG